AUGUCAGAUCCAAUUGGCACAGAACAACAGGAUGUGGCUGUGGACCCUGCCGCCACAACCCCAGCUCCUCCACUGACUGCUCCUGAAACAACGACACCAGUUCAGACCCCUUCGGCUGACGUGUUUCAGAAGGAGGAUGCUUCACAUGCAAAUUCAAAUGUCGAGGAGACACCAGCACCUGAAAAGCCAUUGUCCCCUCCCAACCCUUCGCCCUCGCCAGAGAAACAUAAGUUAGACGAUGAUGCUGGACAGGAUGAAGCUUCGAAAAAGUUGAAGACUGAUGGUGAACAGGCUAGUUACCAGGCUGACACUUCCAAGAUGGAGCCAGCUCCAAAGCCCCCUCCAGAGCCCGACAUGACCAAACUCCCCGCCAACCCUAUCCCCAAGCAUCAGAAUAAGUUUGCGCAUAACACAAUCAAGGCUAUCAAGAGAUUGAAAGAUGCCGGUCCUUUUGUUCAUCCUGUUGAUAUUAUCAAGUUGAACAUUCCAUUUUACUACAAUUUCAUCACAAGGCCAAUGGAUCUUUCUACUAUUGAACGUAAGCUUUCGGUCAACGCAUACGAUGAUCCACAGCAAAUUGUCGAUGAUUUUAAUCUUAUGGUUGACAACUGUAUCAAGUUCAAUGGUGAAUCUUCCGGUAUCUCUCGCAUGGCUAAGAACAUCCAGGCUCAGUUUGAAAAGCACAUGCUCAACAUUCCCCCCAAGGUGCUUGCGGCUAACGGCCACUCCAAUAACAAUGGUGCUGCUUCCAGAAGACGCAACGUUAUCGUGAGUGACGACCCAAAAACCGAGUCUGUGGCUGCCCACAGACCCAAGAGAACCAUUCAUCCUCCAAAGUCCAAGGAAUUGCCAUACGAUGUGAGACCAAGAAAGAAGAAGUAUGCCGCUGAGUUGCGUUUCUGUAACCAGGUACUUAAGGAGUUGACAUCCAAGAAACUCUACAACAUUAACUUCCCCUUCCUUCAACCUGUUGAUCCCGUUGCAUUGAACAUUCCCCAUUACUUUGAAGUUGUGAAGACCCCUAUGGACCUUGGCACAAUUCAGUCAAAUCUCGCUAACAACAAGUACGAGAAUGCUGAUGAUGUCGAAAAAGAUGUCAGACUAGUUUUCUCAAACUGUUACUUGUUCAACCCAGAUGGCACGGAUGUGAACACCAUGGGACGUCGUCUUGAGAGUUACUUUGACAAGAAAUGGGCCGCCAAGCCCGUCCCCGCCCCAUCGCCCGUCAACUCUGAUGGUGACUACGACAGUGAUGAUUAUGAGGAUGACGAAGGUGAGGUCAAUGAGGCAAUGUUGUCGAGUAUCCCUGCAAUUUCUUUUAUGGAGAACCAGUUGAAGAGAAUGAAGGCUGAGCUCGAAGAGUUGAAGAGAACCGAGCUCGAAAAGUUGAAGGCCUCUCGCAGAAAGAAGAAGAAGACCAAGAAGACCAAGAAGGCCAGGUCCAACUCUAUCGCUGACGGUCGUGCAGACGACCAGCCCAUCGUUACUUAUGAAAUGAAGAAGCAGGUCAGUGAAGUUGUUCCUACCUUGAACGACAAGAAGUUGCAAGCUUUGAUCAAGAUUAUCAAGGAUGACGUUGUCAUCAGUGACGAGGAGGAAGUUGAGCUUGACAUGGACCAGCUCGAGGACCGCACCGUCUUGAAGCUUUACGACUUCUUGUUCGGCAAAAAGGCUGCUUCUAACGCCAUGACCAAGGCAAAGAAGUCCACAUACUCUUCCGGUAACAUUGACCAGCUCGAGCAGUUGAAAUCACAACUCCAGUUGUUUGAUGAUGCUGAAAGAUCAAACGGAGGCUCUCACUUACCAGCCUCCACGUUCGACCUCAACAGUAUCCCUGCCCAGGAGUCUUCUGAUGACGAUGCUUCUUCAGAAUCUUCUGAGGAAGAGUAA